AUGUCGCACCUCGUGCCUCAAGCAAUGUUGGUACGAGCAGGCUGGAGACAUGCUCGACGCCUACCAAGCGCUUGCAAACGCAGCGUUGUGUACACAAUUGUCAAGCGUUGCGAGAGCCCAAGGCUGUGUGGUGUUCCCGUGUCUUUAAUGUAUUUGGCAGGCCCGCAAGCUGCUCUUCUAGGAUAUUUGUCCUCGUAUAGUGUCAACAAGGCUGUCAACUCUGGUACGGCUGUGUUGCUGCCUCGGGCAUCGCUGUUUCUCCUCGAGCAGCUCCUGAUGGCCACCACGAACAGUGCCAUGGAUCUCACCAACAUGGGCCGCGGCGCCUACGACACCACGGGCCGCCCCAACCCCCAGCCCAAGCCCAAGCCCAAAUAA